AUGAAAAUCACGUUCUCCUCGACGGCGUCUUCAUUUUACAAAACACCCUAUCCUUCAUCGACGCUGCAUCUCACCGAUUCGCUCCUAAUCCUUCAUCAUCCGCGCCUUUCGCUCCUUCACCGCCGUUCCCGAAGCUCCAUCACACCCCUUCCCCAAUCUCUCUCUUUCAGUUUCGAUGCCGAUGAAUUUCGCUACCUUCUCCAUGCCGUUUUCUGUCGCUGCUCGCUAAAGCUUGUCAGUGUCGUCGCCGCCGCUUCUACUUCUUCUUCUCGUCGCCGUUGGUUUAGUGAUUUGGUUGUAGCUUCUCCUGUGGAGGAUUACUUUUUAUACAUUGAUGAUCUGAAAAAUCCUGAUAAGGAAGAAGCUGAGAAAAUUACACAACCAAAUUUAGAUGCUCUUGGUGAAGACUAUUCUGUUUGUUGCCAAGGAACUGCUUUUUUUCCUUUGCAAAGCUGCAUGAACCAUUCCUGUAGUCCUAAUGCCAAAGCCUUCAAGAGAGACGAGGAUAGAGAUGGCCAAGCAACCAUAAUCGCAGUAAGGCCGAUUCGAAAAGGAGAAGAGCAACAGGUUUCAGCAUGUAUGUUGACUGGAGAAUGGCUUUGGUAGCUUGGGCUGUGAUGCCUUGCCACUUCAUAGACAGUCUCAUUCAAGCAAAGUCUGCCAAAGGCUUUUCAGGUGACUAUGCUGCUUCCCAUUUUGAGCUUGUUGCUCUUGCAUCUGAGUCUUCCGCCAAUAUAAGGACUAUAGCGUCAUUUUUCCAUGAAGAACAUGUA